AACCGUUCGUCUUACAUUUCUGCCUGUUAUUGGAAUUUUGGCUGCUUACCAUGGCAUGCCAACCCCGCUAACGUGGCUCGGGGAUCGGGGCAGAGACCACGCCGGCGACCCGGCCCCUCAAAGCCGCCAUUCAAGGAACUUGCCUCCACUCUUCUACAUCUCCUAGCCAAGGGCCCUCAAUAGUGUCAUUAUAUAUGCGUUGCUUGAUUUUGUUAACACCGUUAAGCAAGAUCUGCGCUGUGAUGAAGUGUUGAGCGCGGUCCUUUACGACAGGCACCAUUCUUUUCCACAAACUUCUUCGCCCCUCGUUCAUAGAUGCCAUAGGCACGAUGGUGGACGUGACAAACUCGCAACGAGUGCCGAACCAUGGGCACUGGGUGGAUCAUUUCAUGUCAAACGUGGACCAAGACUUCCAUCAACCUAUGGAUACAGACGAGAAGCAACACGCUACACAGGAGGAUGCCAAUUCUGCCGAAACCGACUUCGCCCUAGCGAUGCGAGAGUACCGUAAAAUCCUAGAAGCAGAAGGAAGAGAGUCCUCAGUCGCGAGUAGCAUUAUAGAGUGCCACAGUUGGGAAGAAUUGACGGCGUUGGUCGACGAGGCUGAAAAACGCUAUGAACGGCUGGGAAGCCACCCUGCUCGCAGACUGAGCCGCACAUUUGGCGAUCACAGUUCUGCAUUGCACGCGUGGGCUGGUCUCCUUCCAAGAGACAGUAGCUUUGCCCUUAUGUCCGGGGGUGUAAAUCUGCUGCUCCGCGCAACGGCUCGACGGAGUGUUCAGCGAGAACGAAUAUGGCAAUCUUUGAGGAACUUCCUUGACGUGGUCGCCGACUCGGCACAGAGUUUAAGGCACUAUUGCGAAGACAAAGAGCUGCGCAAUAAAGCUGAAGCCCUAUAUGUGGCCAUGUUGAGGAUGAUCGAAGCUUGUAUCAACUCAUUGGUUCAUGAAUCCCCAUUGGCAAAGUUCAAGUAUGGGUUCGGCGGGGACCGACCAGCGAGUGUGGAUGAACGAUGUUUGCAUUACGAUCAAAAGCAAAAGCAGUUCAACAAGCGAGUUGAAGCCCUGACUAUGACCAAGAUUGCAGAAACGGCAACUGCGACUAUUGAAAUUCGCCACGCUGCCAAAGACAUACAGGAUCACGGACGUCGAAUGGACCUCCAAAUGCGCAGAGUUAAUGACACUGUGGAAACUCAGGGUGAUAUCCUGCUGAAUAUUCGAGAAAUGCUGCGCGGUGUGCUAUCAAACGCUGAGUGGCAACGAGAAGCCGAAGAGCGGACGUCCCAGAUGACCCGUCUGCGAGUGGAGAACUUCCAACUUGGCCUCCAGCAUGUGCGCAGUCUGACACCAUCAGAGGCGCCAUCCGGACUUGCCAUGAAAUGGUUCCUUUGGAAGAUCAUCAACGUCGAUCCAGACCGCUGCAUCACCACAUGUACCGAAGAAAAAGAAAGCAUGCUCCGGACUGGUCAAGGUCUGAGUCACGCGCCAGCACAUGUUUUGAGGAUGUUCAGGAACGGUCGAGUCCGAGAAUUCUUAUCCACCGCGGCAUCCGAUGCCAUCUUUGUCGAAGGAGUACUAGACGGCCAGGAGAUGUUGCGUUGCUCACCAAUGAGCCUUGCCUGCACCGUCUUGCUAGAUGACCUAUCUGGUCAUUCGCAUGUAGCUGCCAUCCACUUCUUUUGUGGCUUACACAACAAUCCCCAGGACCCUGUGAGCGGCGGAAGAGGCAUCGCCAGAGUUCUCAUCGGCCAGCUCCUCUGCCUCCAAGACUUUGACUUUACGUUCCUAGACGCAGAGUGGAGGGCAGCGCUAGACCAAGGCAAUUACAACGCGACUCUCGCACUCUUUGAGCCCCUCAUUGCUCAAUUACAAGCGACAAUCCUGUUUUGCGUAAUCGACGCAGUCACAUGGUUCGAAGGCAACACGCGGAGAGAAGAGUCAGACGCACUGAUUUCCGAACUUCUCCACGUCGCAGUUGGCUGUGGCCACUUGGUCCAUAUGAAGCUCCUAAUCACCAGCUCAUCCAAGAGCAGAGUUUUUGCAUCCCGUUUCCAGAAGGGAGAACACAGGGGUUUUGUGGGACUUCGGCUCGAUGGUGGGAAUGCGGACGUGUCAAUGAGGGCGGUAAAGUUGGAGGUUGCGAGGAAUAACGUGAGCCUUUCUCCGAGCCCCGGACCUUCGCCGAGGCCGGUUAGCCCGCGUCAUCUUGCAAGUUACCCUUGACCAAGGAAAGGGUAAUUACUAUACAUCUGUCCACUAUGUAUGACACAGCAUUACUCGAAUAGUAACAAGUUAAUCCACGUUCAUGC